UGCUGACAUUCUCCCCGCAGCUCAAGUCAGAGAUCGAAGAGCAAAGUAUCCUGAUCAAACAACUAUUUAUCCUUUCCCCCGAAACAAACAUAGUCUCGAUCGUACCAUCUCGAUCUGCAGCAAUAGCCAAGCGCCUGUUAUAGGCCUUCGUUAUCAGGUCCUGUUCGCCAAGACGUACCCCGCCGACGCCACUAAACCAUGUCCGUGUCUGAGGGGUCGCCCUCUCAAUCGCAAUCGCUAUCGCCACAGGCGCCCUCAAGCUCCGAAUCUGACCUGGGGCCGCUGUCGCCGUGGUCGUGCCAACGAUGUAGAGUGCGCAAGUUGAAAUGUAAUAGGGUGUUGCCAAUCUGUGGCCGAUGCGUCAAGAUUGGCGAGGUCUGCGAUUAUCCCUCGGCGAGGAAGAAGCCGGUUAUUAAUCCCGCCAACAGACCGCGACUUCGGGACAUGCAGAGUCGCAUCCGUAAGUGGAAGCGGAGACAGCCUCAGUACAAAAACUCGGAUUAUUGACGGUGUUUGCAGGAGAUUUGGAGGCCAGAUUAGAAGCUCAGAGCAGCCCGCCGGAAUUUCAGCCAUUUAGUACCAGCACAGAACUUGUUGACACUGGCCGAUUCGAGGGCCUGCCGCCUCCGCAUUUGGUUGAUGAGCUAACAUCGAUAUACUUUACCAAACUUCAAUCCGAUUCAUUUAUGAUCCAUGGCGAGAGGUACAUCGCCUCUCUCUACCGGCCUGCUCAUAUGCAGCCACCCAUGUGCUUGCAGUAUGCCAUCCUAGCCGCUGGAGCAAGCGCAUCGCCUACUUACAAACCCAUGGCUGAAGUAUUCUAUGUGCGCGCGCGGCAGUACAUCCAAGUUGAUGAAAUGAAGAGCGAUAGUGACCAGAUAUCACUGGCGCAUUGUCAAGCCUGGGUUCUCAUGAGCCAUUUUGAAGCACAGCAUCUCUGGUUCUCAAGAGCAUCGAUGAGUAUAGCGAGAGCUAUCCGGUUAGCCCAAAUCCUCGGACUUCACCGACUGGACGGGAAGAAUGCUGCAGGCUUAACACUCCCAAUUGCAUUGGACUUCACAGAGGAGGAAGAGCGCAGAAAGACCUUCUGGGUCAUUUUCACGACUGAUCGUAUCACAAGUAGCACAGGCGGUUGGCCAACCAUGAUGGACUGGAGGAGCAUACAAACGCGACUCCCGUCAUCCAUCGAUGCAUUGUUAUCAAAUACCCCAAUAGCCACACUGACUCUCAGGCAAGCCCUAGGACAGGGUAUGUAUGAGCUCUCUACAAGCGCCUGUAGAGUAGUCGCAGUCCAUCUCUUCAACGAGUGCUUCAACUUCUCCAGAAAUGUCGAAGAAGAUGAGGACAAUAAUGACUGGCAACAGCUGCAGCAACUAGAUGAAGCAGUCACGAAUGCAUUCGCGACACUGCCGUUGGAUCUCAGGUGUCCAGAGAAUAUGGAAAGCCCCGAAGCGGUUCUCAUCAAUCUUCAGUUACAUACGGCCUUGAUAUGCAUUCAUCAAUCUGCCUUGACAAGAUCGCAGGUGGACAUGGCUGCGCUGCCCACUACAAAAGCGAGAGUGAUGGAAUCGGCGGUUCAAAUCAUGAUCACUGUUGCUUUGGUCACAGAUCUGAAUACCAGGUUCCGCAAUCCACUGGUCUCGUUUGCGUCGUUCAUUGCGGCAUCAUUUUUCUUGUCGGACUUUCUCACCACUGGUGACCUUCAAAGUGAGGCCAACUUUACAGCUCUCAUGACUGUUAUGGUAGAAGUAGGGAAGAACAACAUGUUUACAGCAUCGUUGGCUGUUCGACUAGCGCAGACGUUGAGAGCUUCUGGUGUCGAUCAAGGGACUGUUGGGAAGGUCGGAGUGAUGAUGGCUGAUCUCAACAUUGAUCAUCCAAUUCCAGGGCAAGAGGAUAAAGAGAAUGGAAUCAUAAUAUUAUGUCCUACUGCAACUACGCCAGAGCAAGUCGAUUUUGAUCAAGCAAUAGUUUGGCAGUAGACUGAAGCUAGAUUUUUCGUUCACCGGCGCGCAUAAAUAAAAGCGCCAUAUCAACAUAUGAGAUCAAGGCACUCAUCGCUCUGCGUGAUGCCACAAAACCGUAGAUAAUUGUCAAGCCAGAAAAUUCAGUUCUAUUUGCG